CGUGCCUCAGUGAACGGGUGCGCGUUUACAGGCUUCGCCCUAUGCCAAAUUAAUUCCAAAGUUUAUUUGUUGAUAUUAACCUAAAACUCGACAAAACCGCGAUUAAUGGGAAAUUUUAGUAUGUGCGAUGGUCCUCGACACUUGUCUCCGGGCCUUCCCUUGCUAUCCAGGCUGCAAUAACCUCGUCGGGGUUUAACAACUGUCCAGCGGGUUUGCAGCGAUGGUGAACAGCGGCUCCCUGGAGGGAGGGGAGUGCGCGGUAGGAGGUGGAGGGGAAGUAUCAGAAGGUAGGCACUCCGCGGACGGCGGGGAUGAUGCCGGGAGGGCGUCCAGGGCCAAGGAGACCGCCUCCGUAGAUGGAGAUGAGGCCAACAUCACGCACAACGACACUUUUCCUCUUGAUAAGAUGCAAACUUUGCUGUCUAGCCCGACGGCUGCCACUCAAUCCCUAUCAACAUCACCUGUUCCAAAACAGGACGAAAGCAGCGGCGGGUCUGCAGGGGGCAAUUCAACCGUCACAAAGCCGUCAACGGUGCGAAAACUAUUAUGUCUCUAUUGCGAGAGGUCAUUUGUCAGUGCCACGCUGAGACAAAAGCAUGUCGAGAGGGUUCACUCGGUGAAGCAAAGUCGAAGAAUCAGCUCUCGGCGACAGUCUCAACUGACGGUAACCCCGUGCGUUUACUGUGAUCACCAACAACCAGACAACACAUUGGAUGAUCUCUUCAGACACCUAGUGCAGGAGCAUUCCAACAGGUACUUUGGGUGUCUGACAUGUAGAGAUCGAUUUUUGAGUCCAGCAAUGUUGGCGGACCAUAAUUCUGCCAACCAUCCAACCAAAGAUGCUCCAUCGCAGCCUGAUACCCAAAAGAUUCAGGCCACAGCAGUUGAAGAACAAACCACCAAAGGAACUGAGGAGCAUCGAGAAGACCCGGAAAUAGACGAGGAAGUGACUGUGAAAAUUACUAGAAGUCGAAUAAAAAAAGCGGAAGAGAUUAGCAAGAAACCUGGAAAGUUACGAGAUCUACGAAGCAGGAGGGUGAAAAAGAUCACCGAUCAUUCCAUUGAUAACCUCAAAAUCAGCUCGCUGACGUUCGACGAUGUUUUUGAUAAAGCUUUCUUCAAUCGGAUCAAGUGCAAUAUUGAAGAGAAUCUUCUUCAUCAUAUCGAUGGAAAGCUUUUCAAAAAUCAGGAAUCGGAGACGAGGAUAUCUAAUUUUGAAAAGGUGUCCACAACACCACAGGAAUCUCAAAGUUCGAAUCCAGAAAACUUUGGCUGUGAACUUUCCUUGAAUGCUGUGACGCCAGUGGCAUCAUUAUCAUUGAAUUCUCAAUUUGGGGAGGAUUUUGAGUCACAGAUCGAGUACGGAGCAAAACCUUCCAAAAAGAAGACUCAAAACAAGAAGGACGAGGAGGAAGCAAGUAAAAAAGCAGCCCUAGACAAACUAAAUUCUUUGAACCCCGAAAGGAGCAUCAGUCCCGAGAGCUUUAUGGAAGUUAGGGAAGUCCUGAAUGAGAUUCUUAAUAAAGUGUUCGCUAUAACAGAACAAGACUGUGAAAGCGAGAUUUUAGGUGAAAAUACUUCUAGAUGUGAAGAUGUUAGGAAAAUUCCUCGUUACCUGAACUUGAGACCUUCGUCAUCUCUACCGACCGAUGGUGACAUCGACCAUUCUGACAAGAUCACAUUGAUCUGCUCAUCCCGGGAAACGGAUAACUUCGAGCUACCUACCAAUCCUGUGCGAUCAGAGAACGAGCUGGUGGAACUGUCAGGCGAAUGGGCACGAUGUCGGAUGUAUGACUGGUCCAAAGACAUAGACAAAAGACUGAACCUACCGAACGCAAAAAAUACAAGAAACGGUUUGAAGGUCCCAGACAGAAACCUAGUGACGAUCCUCAACUCUUUAUCGCAUUAA